GUACUUCUCAAAAUUUGUUUUCUCUGUCGCUCGCUGGAGGAGACCUGGUCAAUGGUCGCGUCGGGACGGGUUGGUGUCUGGCCUAAGAAAUUACAAUUAACCAAUGGGUCCGCUGAUCCCAUCUAACUUCAGCUACGAGGCUGUGGUUGGAGCCCUGGACGUAGCCUUCUUUGAACGGGGUGUUCUCCACGUUCAAAGAGUUCAAAGAUGACUCGAAGAAGAUGUCGAGGUGGUGUCUGCAGGUCCGAGUCAAAUGCCCGUUUAGUGUCCGAUGCGCGGAACUCUCAGCUUCCAGGCAGCUACGGUUUCUCGUUGCCUCGACUUCAGAACCUGAAAUUGUCCCAAAAGUCUCAUCUUCCAAUGGAGAGAUAUUCGGCAAGAUAUUGGACCAGUACCCACAUAUCAAAACACUGAGAAAGGUGCAUUCGAAGAUAUUCAGUGAUCAAGUCCUACGCGCGGACCCAUCACUUGGCGUCAAACUGAUGCGAGUUUAUGCUGCUCGUGGCAAACCAGAGACCGCCCGCCACGUAUUCGAUGAAGUGUGUGACAGGAAUGUGAUUGUCUAUAAUGUCAUGAUCAGGAGCUACGUGAACAACCGCCAGUAUCGUGAUGCACUGGUGCUUUUCAAAGACAUGUUAGGCUGUGGAUAUGUUCCCGAUAAUUAUACGUACCCUUGUGUGUUGAAAGCAUGCUCCGGGUCCAGUAAUAAGGUGGCUGGGCUUCAAAUUCAUGCUGCGGUAGUGAGAGUGGGGCUGGGCUCAAGUUUGUUUGUUGGGAACGGUUUAGUUGCAAUGUAUGGGAAAUGCGGUUGUCUAGCAGAGGCACGUCGAGUUCUUGAUGAGAUGCCCAGAAGAGAUGUAGUUUCGUGGAACUCAAUGGUUGCCAGUUACGCACAGAAUGGUCAGUUUGACGAUGCCUUGAGUGUUUGUAGGGAAAUGGAAUUAUUGAAGGUACGGUAUGAUUCUGGAACAAUGGCUAGCCUCUUGCCAGCUGUAAGCAACGCAUCAGCCGAAAGUGUUGAGUUUGUGGAGAAGAUGUUCUUGAAGAUGGAUAAAAGUAAUUUGAUCUCUUGGAAUGUGAUAAUUGCUGUCUACGUGAAUAACUCGAUGCCCACCAAAGCUGUUGAUCUCUUUUCACAGAUGGAAGUGCAUAAAGUUGAGCCAGAUGUCAUUACUUUUGCUAGUAUUCUUCCAGCUUGUGGAGAUCUCUCUGCUGUGUCACUGGGAAAGAAAAUUCAUGAGUGUGUGGAGAGGAAGAAGCUACGACCAAAUUUGUUGCUAGAGAAUGCUUUAAUUGGCAUGUAUGCUAAGUGUGGUUGUUUGUCUGAUGCAAGGCAAGUGUUCGACAAACUAAUUGUUCGAGAUGUCAUUUCGUGGACUUCAAUGAUCUCUGCAUAUGGCAUAAGCGGGCUUGGUCGUGAUGCAGUGGCUCUUUUUUCGAGAAUGCGAAAUUCAGGUCUUGAUCCAGAUGCCAUUGCUUUUGUGUCUGUUCUGUCCGCUUGCAGUCAUGGAGGACUGCUGGACGAGGGGUGUCAUUACUUUAAUCUAAUGAUGGAGGAGUAUGGGAUAGAACCACGUUUAGAACACUUCUCUUGCAUGGUAGAUUUGUUGGGACGUGCUGGGAAAGUAGAUGAGGCAUAUCAUCUCAUCCAGAAAAUGCCAAUCGAGCCUAAUGAAAGAGUUUGGGGAGCUCUCUUGGGUGCUUGUCGGGUCUACUCGAACAUGAAAAUUGGGCUUCUGGCUGCUGAUUGUCUCUUUCAAUUGGUUCCAGAGCAGUCGGGUUAUUAUGUUCUUUUGUCUAACAUCUAUGCAAAAGCUGGUAGAUGGCAAGAUGUAGCAAAGGUUAGAUCAACCAUGAAGAGUAAAGGAAUCAAGAAAGCACCCGGUGUCAGUAAUUUUGAGCUUAACAACAUAGUCCACACCUUUCUUGCUGGUGAUCAAUCUCAUCCACAGUCCGCACGAAUCUACGAAGAAUUAGACAUACUAGUGGGGAAGAUGAGAGCUCUCGGUUAUGUUCCUGAGACAGAUUCAACUCUUCAUGAUCUGGAGGAUGAAGAUAAGGAUGGUCAUCUAGCAGUUCACAGCGAGAAGCUGGCAAUUGUGUUUGCUAUCCUGAAUACUGAGCCAGGGACACCGAUUAGAAUCACCAAAAAUCUUCGUAUAUGCGGGGAUUGCCAUACUGCAUCCAGGCUACUAUCUAAAAUCACACAGCGUGAGAUAAUCAUCAGAGACACCAAUAGAUUUCACAAUUUUGCGAAUGGAGUCUGUUCCUGUGGAGAUUAUUGGUGACAGAGGACAGUCCACAUGAUUUCUCUUCCUUUCAUCAUUAUGGAGUACUGAUGUGGGGAGAAAUUUUGGAGGCACAAAAAGAAGAUUACGUUCCGACCAUAUCAUGUGAUGAUCCUGUCGAAGUUGGUUAAGGAGAUCCUCUCGAAGCUACUGAAGGAGGUCAUUACUUCAUUAGUUCAACGGAACAGUUCAUAUGAUAAGCAAUAGGCUUUGCAAUGUUUGGAACAGAAGGAAGUGGCAAGCUCAGACGUGACUAGUAUUCCUUGCUGGAGCCCGGAAUUUUUGGACUAAUGGUCCUCUUUGGAAGACGAAUUGACCUUCCUCUAAUUCUUUCUUCUCAGAGGCUACUGAGUUAAUUGAGGAUUCUUCCCGCGAGUCAAUUAGCGCAUUCUCAGGCUUCCAAGAGCAAGAACAUAGAAGGUGGAUACUCCUGUUCUUUGCUAGCGUGCUUCUAUUCGCGACUUUGAUUGUGGCGGCGACUAUUGGGCUGUUUAUACUGCCUUGUAACGAAGAUAAGUCGCAAAGUUCUGUAUUUGUUCUGUAUGUUGAGACCGAUUCACAGAUAUCAUAUGAAACAAAUGGCCAUUUAAAUAAGGAA